UAUUAUUUGUGAACUUGAUUCUUGAAAUUCAAAUAACGUGGGUAAGUUUGGAAUACGUGGCUUUCGAAAACUGGCAACGUGACAGCCGCUAACUUCACUUCAGUCCUUCGUAAACAUGGCAGAAGUGGUCAACAGCUUUUUAGCACAAGCUACGGAAAAUUUAACAGAAAAUGCGACAAAUUCAACGAAAAAAACCCCCAGCACCCCCGAAGGGAUGGCAGUAGCCUAUGGAAGUUUAAUUAUAAUGGCUUUGUUGCCCAUAUUUUUUGGUUCCUACAGAUCUGUUGUCUACCAUAAGGAAAACAAACCUGAAAAAAUGACAAAAAAAGAUGCCGCUAUUUUUCCUAUUAUCGCAUCUUGCGCCCUUUUUGGACUGUAUAUUGUCUUUAAAGUGUUUUCGAAGGAAUACAUUAAUCUCCUAUUGACUGGAUAUUUCUUUUUUUUGGGAGUUUUAGCUUUAACUCAUGUAUUGAGUCCCAUAGUGAGUAAAUUGGUGCCAACUUCUAUUCCAAACAUUCCAUACCACAUCACUUUUAAGCAAGGCGAAGGUGAUGCCGCUCAAUUCCUUAUAGAUUAUAGAUUCUCUACCUACGAUGUAGUAACUUUGGCUUGUUGCUCAUUGGUCGGUGCUUGGUACUUGCUUGGCAAGCACUGGGUAGCCAACAACCUGUUUGGUUUGGCUUUUGCCAUAAACGCUGUAGAAUUAUUGCACCUAAAUAAUGUGGUUACUGGGUGUAUUUUGCUGUGUGGUCUGUUCUUCUACGAUGUUUUCUGGGUGUUUGGCACUGAUGUUAUGGUCACUGUGGCCAAAAGCUUUGAAGCACCAAUCAAACUUGUUUUUCCCCAAGACCUCCUCCAAAACGGGCUAGCAGCCAACAACUUUGCCAUGUUGGGUCUAGGCGACAUCGUGAUACCUGGUAUUUUCAUCGCUCUUCUGCUCAGAUUCGAUCACAGUCUUAAGCGUAAAACUAAGACUUACUUCCACGCCGCUUGCAUCGCCUACUUCUUCGGCUUGAUGGCGACCAUUUUCGUCAUGCACGUGUUCAAACAUGCCCAACCUGCCCUGCUGUAUUUGGUACCGGCAUGUAUUGGCACGCCGUUGCUUUUGGCAAUGGUCAAGGGAGAUCUGACUGCUCUAUUUAAAUAUGAAGAUAGUCCAGAUGAAAAGGCUGAUGAAAAAAAGAAAGAUGAAAAACAAGCAAAAGAAACCAAAAAAGUCAAAUAGGCAUUUUUAUAAAAAUUAAGAUAUAUUAUUUAUAUUUUAUAGUUGUUAUUUUUUUAAAAAAUCUUCCAUUUAUUAAAAAAAAGAGCACAAAUCUGACUUGCAUUUGUAAAACUUUAUAUGUAUUAAAUUUUAUAUUCCCAUUUUUUGCCACUUUAUAUUGGUAAAAACUUUUUGUGUACCUUGUGCAAUUGGUUGUUUUUAGUUUAAGUUAUGUUUCUAAUAAAAAAUUAUCCAGUAUUUUGUUUAUAUAAAUGUGUCAAUACUGAAAUGUGGUAAAAAAUACAAAAUGAGUAUUAAGAA